CAUUUGUUGAAAAGUAAACUUCCCUACUCUUCCCCCUUCGGGUCUGAAAUCCCAAUCUGGGCCACCGCGAUGCGCUUCGGCCGCGCCGUAUUCCCUCUCGUCCGCACCACGACGACCGCCGCGCCCUCGCCGGCGGUGCUGACGGUCGGCGACGCGUUGCGCGAGCGGCGGCGCUUCACGGAGGCGGACGUGGCGUCUUACGCGGCGGUGAGCGGCGACCGCAACCCGGUGCACCUCGAGGACGGCUUCGCUCGGGAGGUGGGCGGGUUCGAGCGCGGCCGCGUGGUGCACGGCAUGCUGGUGGCAUCCCUCUUCCCUUCCAUCAUCGCCGCCCGCUUCCCUGGCGCCGUGUACGCGAGCCAGGCCCUCAAGUUUGCCGCGCCGGUGUACGUCGAAGAGAAUGUGGUGGCUCAAGUCCAGGCGCUCCACAUCAAGACGACGACUGCGAACAGCGGCACAAGCCGUUACGUUGUCAAGUUUGCAACCAAAUGCUUCGCGGACGAAGAGGAGGGCUCUCUUGCCAUUGAUGGGGAAGCCAUGGUUGUCCUGCCCACACUGGAGCUCAGAGACGACUAGCAAGUUGUAGUAAAAAGACGGCCUGACCCCAGUUUCAAGUCAAGCACAUUGCCACUGGCUUAUUGGCCUAAGCCGGUGCUGGCUUAGAAUCUCCACUCCUUUUUGUAUAAGUGCAAACAAUUCACAUCUUGUACCCUGCCAAUAAACUUACAGAGAAGUGUUGUUCAUUGACCUUUCCUUUUUUACCUUCACGUGUUUUCACGGAAUCAAAGAGCAGGCCUAUCAUUGAUUCAUCACAACCUCUGCCACCACAAGCUACUUUCCAAGGACCCUAUGUAAACACUGGAUCACGUGUUAUUGGACCUGAUCCUACUAACUAUCCCAAAAGGUGAUCUUCGCUGACAUUCUAGGCAGCACAGCAUUCGUCUUUGGGCAGAUAAUUGAAGCAUGUAAUUUUGAAAGGAUGCUGAUAUUUCCAUUACGACUUGUCUUCUAAUGUUGUUAUCUUCAUCCUUAUCCAUGGUUCGCCUUUGGGACUCCUGAAUGUGCAUGUGCCCAGAUAAUGCAGACAUUCCAGUUUCUCAUACCAUCUGACGAGUGCAUAUUGUAGACCUUUUUUUUUGUGAAAGUGUUGUGUUAUUUGGGCAUGAAUACAACAAGGAUUAGUUACAUUUUGAUAUGCAAUAAGCAGAGUCAAGCAUGCCUGGACAUAGCUACCUGAUGCAAACGGCAAAGCCAUCAUUGUGUUCCGACCUUGUUUUGUUUAUGCAACUCGUGUCCUUUAUCAUUUUGAAUAGUCGUUUCAAGCCCUGAUGAUAAAACAUUUGUAUAUAAGUGAUCCUCCGUUCAGUAUAUGUAUCCUUUUUUGUUG